UCGCGUGCACACGUGACAUCAUUCAAUAAGGUCAUGCGCACAUCUGCGCAGGUUUAUUGCGGUAUCUCUCUAUUUGUUUGCAACUUCAGAGAGUUCAGAAAUCAGUUUAUCAGAGAAUGCGUUCUAUUCUCGUUGGCUACGUCGACAUAAUGAGACAGUGAACUGGAACGUGUCCAAUUGCGUAAAAGAACUACAUUUGUAUUGACAGUUGAUGAAAGUAACGAGGAACAAUGGAACAGGAGGGACCAAUCAAUGUCAAAGCUCUGAGGGCCAAGUUUCAGGAGGAAGCCAGAGCCCAGGCUCAAGCCCGGGACCAACACCGACCUGCCAUUGCUGAGAAGCCCAGAUGGCUCCCAUCCACUGUUCCUGGGGAGCAGGAACAAACCUGUCAUCCCCAGGAUGGAGCCCUGAUGAGCGCCAUCCACUCGGCUGUGGAGAACAAACCUAUCAUCCCCAGGGUCAUCUUUAGGGAUGGGACCAGGGUGUCUGGGGGCAAAUGGCCCGUCUCCUUCCCUGCACUUGUACUGCAGGCCAUCCCACCAAAACCACCAACACCACCACACCAGAACCGUCUCCACAAUGGUGGAAGGGACUGCACAGCGACAGCCAAGAAGUCUUUCAAAGACCGCCACCUGCCUCUCGUACUGCCUGGCCUGCCUUUGAAGGAGCAGAAAACCCAUUUGCCACCUCAUAAAGAGGUCCCACCUCCAACAAAAUGCAAGAAAAAGGGUAUGCUGCUCCACCACCCCUUCAAGUCAACCAAAGUCUCCAAGGUUGGUGGCGAACCUGCAGACGAGCCUGCGUAUGCUGGUUUGACCACCAACAGACAUUCAAGAGCUCCAGUAGAGGGGCUUGUGAUGGACAGAAAUAAGGCUGAAGAUAGGCUGCCACUCCAGAUGGAGCAUUCUAGCACAGAGUGCCCAACCUCCAGCCCAGACAUCACCAUCACCACUCCGUCAGAAGGCCCAGGUGAAGACUUAUCCUCUAUGGUUAGUGCAACCCAGUUCUUCAGCACGUUGGAGAAAGGCAAGAAACGGUUCUCACCUAAGCACCUGUUGGUGUACGCCAGGCCCAAGAGCCUGCGUUCCAAUGGGGUCCAUCUCUCAGACCAUAGCUCUACCAUGGACAAGGGAGUUCAUCUGCCCUCUACAGAUUAUGAGAGUCAUGCCCCAGAACAUGACCUUCCAGCCCCUUUGCCUGUCUGUCUCCCGCACCUCCCUUGUGUUUCAGCUCUGCCGUUCAAGAGUAAUGACUCUUCCCGCAGACUAGAGACUGCAUCAGAGAAACAGUUUGGCCGGGAUAGAGCAGAGCUUCUGCUUGUAAAAUCUGAUGGACUUCCUCCUCAUCCAGCCAGGAAACUUCUACCUGACCGGGGGUCUCUGGGACCUUUGCCGAUGAAACCUCCAAGACCUCCAAGGGUAGAUCUCAGAUGUUACCACCCAAACACAGAACAUCACAGAGAGUUGACUUCAGCGGUUGAACCUGAGACAUGUGAGGAUCCACACUCUGAGCCUCCAUCCAUUGCUAAUCCUGAACUGGUUGUUCCAGAGUUUCCAGACUUUGAGUUGAAUUCAGAACUGGAAACUGCAGAAGGCAAUGCAUUUGACCUUGCAGCUCUAGAACUAGAAGCUACAGAAUUUGGAACCCCUGAAUAUCCAGUAGAUCUAGACUUGGGGGUUCCAGAUGUUCUAUCCCCUGAAUGCGAGUUACCAUCUUGUGAGCCUCCAAAAAUUCCCAGCUUCGACCAACGAGCCCUGACCCUCAGCAGUCAUGAUCUAGUUAUUUCAGAGUUCUUGGCUCAAACAUGGGAGUUUCCAGCUUCAGUUCUAAAACCUCAAGUUGUUUCUGAGCUAUCUGCUGAAAUGGUACCUGUUGAACCCUCAUUCACAGAGGACACUGACCAUGACUCCGCUUCGGUUGAAUUUCCUCAUUCAGGACUGAUGUUGAGUGUCUGUCAACAGGAGAACUAUUAUGAAACCUGUGAUAAUGUGUAUGAAGUUGUUGAGAACACUGUCAGUCAAAACUCACACAAACGUAAAGGCCCACCAAAGAAUCCUUAUGGGGACCCCCAUCCAGUGAAAGAGGAGCCUCGAAUGCACAUAUGGCCCCGGAAUCCAUGUAAGGAAAAACAGAGCCCUGAGAACCACGAGGACAAAGAUCAGAAGAAGAGAGAGAAGCACCGCCUCGAGAAGGAGAAGAAAGAACAAAAGGAGAGGGAGAAAAAGGAGAAUGAAAUGAAGAAAAAAUUCAAAGUGACAGGCCAGGAGGAGGCGAUGUACCAUGCCAGGGUGACUGUGGCCAGUAAAGUGCGUAAGAAUGACCUGCCAGUGAAGAGUGGUGACACGGUUAGCAUCAUCCGAACCACCAACUGCCCCAAAGGAAAAUGGCUGGCCCGUGACGCCAACCACAAAUAUGGCUAUAUCUCUGUAAUGAAUGUGGAGCUGAAUAUCAAAGAGAUGCUGGAGCUCGGGAAGAAGGCUCAGGCUGCAGGCCGAGGAGGCACAGAGGGAGAUACCAUCAGCAUGGGGAGCAGAUCAUCUAAUCAUCAUCCCAUGCUACACAGCAGCUUCACAGAUGACGAUGAGGAGUGGACAUUAGACGAAGAUACCCUGUCCCCCUACAUGGAGAACCGCGUUCACAAUCGGACUGUCUCAAUGCCUGAUAUGCUCUGCAGCCAUGCUAGUGCCCACCACACCCUUAGUGAUGGCAGCAUAGAGGACCGCCACACACAAACCAGACAUGAGGCUCUUCAGAAGUUAGCCAUCUUCUUUCAGAACAACAAAUCUGGCAUCAGUGACACAGCAGAAGACCGAGUGCCAACCCCUACAAAUGCUGAAGCGCCAAGCUUCCUAUGUGUUGUGGAGCCUCCAUACUCAGACCAGGAAGUGCUUUUUGCAGAUUUUGAACUACUUCCCCCUCCAGUUCUAUAUGCAGAUUUCCUGUGACAGCUUCACUGACUGAGAGAACUAAAGGGGAGCACAACAGUUUCUUCUCCCAUGAUUGGCUGAGUAACCUGACCGUUACUGAUGCAGGCCAGGCAGCCAGCUGACCAACCCCACACAUAUCACUCUGCCUUGGGCCUGGAGAACAUACCAUGAACUCCAGAUGAACCACUGUCGUUCUAGAUCUAUGGACUCUAGAUCUACCGUUUAGAUCCAGAUGAACCACAGUCAUUAUAGAUGUAUAAAACUAGCUCGAUAAACCAUUGUCAUAUCUCAGAUCUGUAAGAUUAAAAGCAUAGAAAUAAAAUUAAUAGAACUGUCUGUAUUAUAUUUGAAUGGGGAUGUCCAUUCUAUUGAUAUGCCUUUGAAAACUGGGCCCUGAAUAUCAAGUAGUCUCUAGGGUUUUUCCCAAGGGGGGGUGGUAUUAUUAUUAUUAUUAUUAGUGAAGUAUGUUUGACCUGAUGCCUUUAUUUCUCUCGAUCACAUUUGUUUUGAUAGUUGUGUGGCUGCUUAAUGCUUUAUCCAUUGCAUGUGUACUGUUAUACAAUUGUUUUUGUUCUUGUUGCCUUUGACUAUGAACACUAAGUAAUUCACUUAUUUCUGUUCAUUGAUCAUUUUGGCACUACUGAAUGGGAAACGAUGAAGUAGGUACUCAAGUCUGCACUUUCCAUAACACAAUGGUGAAAUGGUGCAUUGUUUUGGGUACAAUGCCUUGGUCAAGAGUAUGUAUCAUUAUUUUUUUGGCUCUUCACACUUGUU